CGGGUCUCGAGGCGGCAGCGGGGCAAGGCCGUCCUGCGGAAGCAGGCAGCGUAGUUGCAAAUGCUGACGCCUUAACAAGUGUGCGUCGCGUUCUCGGCAUACCACGACCAAACCCAACGAAGUCUUCAACGGUUACAACGGCACCGCUCCUCUCCCAGCAGACGACAACGCCAGCACCGCCACUCGAAUUGCCUACAACGACGCCGCCGCCGCUUCCGCACCUUCAGCCGACAACAUCACGGGCAGCGCCCUUUGUGUCGCAGUCCUCUGUGACGAAAGUGG